AUAGUUCAGUUGCGUUUGAGUAACUUCUUCUACCUCGCUGUUCUCAAUUUCAACUACUCUUUUUUUCCCCUCCUUAUCUCUCAACUACUUUAUCCCUUUCAUCAAAAUUCAAAAUCCCAAUUCAUUUUUUGACCUAAUUUCAUGAAAUUCACCAAUCCCUAUUUCCUUAGGUGAGAUUCAAAUCCACACUCGCGGUUUGAAUUUGAAUUGAUUGAUGUCUGGUUCUUCCGAUGAAGAGAUCUCAAACGGUAAUCGCGACGGUUACCAACGAGGAGGAAGUGACGGCGAUGACGACGAAGAUGAAGAAGAGGAUCGAAAGAAGAAGAAGAAUCGUGCGAGAGUUGAUUUUGGUUUUGGAAAGAGGUUGGUACUUCGUCAAUUUACCAAAGCGAAGAAUCAAAUUCGGAGAGUUAGAAGCAGAAAGGCUCUUCUUUCGGCUUCGUCGUCGUUGACUGCGGGGUCUUCGAGGAAUUUGAAUGUGAGUAGUAGAGGUAAGGUGGUGAUUGUUCAUGGUGAUGAUUUUGGUAGUAGUAGUGGUAGUGCUGCUCGGAGUGGGUUUGGUUGUAAGUUUUGUUUUUCGCGUCCUAGUGUAAUGGAAAAUUCUGAUGGGUCUCCUAGUAGUGAUCCUAAUGAUCCGAAGUUUACUCAUUCUAUGAUGAGGAGUUUGAUAGAAAACAAUGAUUUUUGUUCCAAAGAAUGCAAUCCCCAUAUUGAAUUAUUAAAUGAUUGAUUUGUGCUGUUGGAGAGUCUUUCUAUUCAAUUCCUUUAUCAAUGAAGUGUUGAUUUUGUUUUCUUGUGCUGUUUGGGAUUAUCUCUUUAUUAGAAGGUAGAUGGAAUUUGUUUGAAUGGUUAUUGGAUUUGUUCUGUGCUGCCUCAUUUUGAAACUCAGUGGCAUUGUGGCUCUGAACAGAUUGCGGUGUAUGGAUUGGAUGUUAAGUGAAAAUUGUAGAGUUGAGAGGUCCAAUAAGUUUGGUGGCGUUUUUUGUUUAGAGCACUGGGGUCCAAUAAGUUGUGGACAAGGCUGUUGUAGCCAUUGAGUGGUUACAUAUUAUGAAUGGGUCUUAUAGAUAACAGAGGGCUGCUUGCAGUGUGAAAUAGGUUGAUGAAAUUUGGAUUCCUUGACAUUCAGGAACCUCUACUUACUGCUUGCAGUGUGAAAUAGGUUGAUGAAAUUUGGAUUCCUUGACAUUCAGGAACCUUUACUUGUACUCAACCGGGAAGCCGGGUUUGUACAUAUUAAAGAGAAAUUUUUUGAAUCAUGCUAUAUUCAUAAUCUAUUUGUUAUAAGUUUUAAAUUUAUUUAUUCAUGUAUAUGUGUUUUUCAUUGAUAGUCGUUUAAAACACUGUUUUUAAUACUGUUGUCCAGUUGGAUUCUUGUAUACAUGUGUUUGGUGAUAUUUGGCAAUGCCUUCCAUACUUCAGUCUUCAUAUAUUUAUAAAGGUUUAGGUUUUAGAAAACUUAGGAAACAUUCUGUAUUGCAAAGUUGGGUCAUAGGUUGGUUUGGCAUAUUUUAGUUGUUUUUUGUUUUUAAUAUAUUUUGUAGAUUUAUUUUCACAUAUUUUUUGGUUGACUGAUAUAGCAUCAAGAGGUUCUGGUGAUUGGUGUUAACUAUACACAAUCAGUAAUCUAUCCUUUUUUUUUUCUUCCAAUUGUUUGUAUUAUGAUUAUCCAUAAAUGUUGAACUCUCAAAUUAUUUUGAAUGAUAGAUUCCAAUGUCAAGGGAUAUACAGUGUAAGCCUGUCUAAUUCAUGGUUUCAAUUCAUAUAAAUGUGUGUCCAGUUUCACUCCUACAAGAGAUGGUAUAGUAAUAUUAACUUGAUAGGGAGGACAUUUCCAAUUAUUUCAAGUGAUUUCAAAUUUUAAGAUGGUUAUUCCAAACUUUCUCUACCACUUUAGUGUAUAACUUUUUCACUUCAUCUUAAGAAAAUUUACAUAGUUAUAUUGGCAAAGUAUUAUAAUGCCCUGAUUUAUCUAGCCAAAAGCAAGUUUAUAGCAGUUUUCUGCCAUUUUCAGGCAGACGAAUCCUAUCAUUUUCUUUUGAUUGUGCAGCUGCCUCUGCUAUUUGCUUAAAGCGACGAUGGCUAGGCUUUAUGCUUGUCAUCUAGUGGCUCCUGUGUGAAUAAUGAGACACAGAAUGUGCGAAAAUUGGGUGAAGAUGGGGUGGAAAUAGAAGAAGAAACAUGGUUUGUUUCCAUAUUUCUGAAGCUACUUGAGAAAUGUAAUAUUCAAAGAAUUGUUACAAAAAGUUGUUUGAUUUCUCUUUGUAAUCUUUGUUUCUGAUGUACUAUUAUAUUUCAUCAAUAACUUUGUAAAUUUGACUAAAAGAAGUAAUGGUAGUAUAAACUUUGCAAAUUUGACCAAGAGAAAAGAGAUAAUGGCUUCUCUAUCCAAUCUAUAGAGAAUUUAUACCUGUUAGAUUUGUUUAUCCCCAUUCCCAAAACUUUUACUUUUGAAUAGGAAUAU